AGCCGCGCAGGAACUGGCCAGCUCUUCCAGCCCAGCCGCCCUCGCUCACCAUGCUCCCACCUGCCAUUCAUUUGUCCCUCCUGCCUCUCGCGUGCAUCCUCCUGAAAAGCUGCUUAGCUUUUAAAAACGAUGCUACCGAAAUCCUUUAUUCACAUGUGGUUAAGCCUGCCCCAGCACACUCCAGCAGCAACAGCACGCUGAAUCAAGCCAGGAACGGAGGCAGGUAUCUCAGUAACUCUGGACUUGACCGCAACAGUCGGGUUCAAGUGGGCUGUCGGGAACUGCGUUCCACCAAGUACAUCUCGGAUGGCCAGUGCACCAGCAUCAGCCCCCUGAAGGAGCUGGUGUGCGCUGGCGAGUGCCUGCCCCUGCCGGUGCUCCCCAACUGGAUCGGGGGCGGCUACGGCACCAGGUACUGGAGCCGCAGGAGCUCGCAGGAGUGGAGGUGUGUCAACGACAAGACGCGCACGCAGCGAAUCCAGCUGCAGUGUCAGGACGGCAGCACGCGCACCUACAAGGUCACCGUCGUCACGGCCUGCAAGUGCAAGCGCUACACCCGGCAGCACAACGAGUCCAGCCACAACUUCGAGAGCGCGUCCUCCGCCAAGCCCGCCCCACACCCCCGGGAGCGGAAGCGAGCCGGCAAAGCCGGCAAGCACAGCCUGAGUUAAAGCGCCCUCCUGCCGGCUCCCAGAACGGACUUCAAGAGUCACAGCACCCACCAUCUGCUUGGCAGAGUGGGUUGCUUGCAAAGACUGGAGCCUGCCAUUGCCUGUCUCACUCGAAAGUCGAUGCUUUUGUGCUUUGAUCCAACCCCGUGUACUGUCUGGAGGAUUCGGGACCUUCUUGGGUUGGGGAAACCAGGGCAAGAGGGUUUUUUUUUUUUUUUUUAAGUUUUUCCAGCUGUAUGACGUCAUGUCCCUCCGAGCGAUUUGCCAUUACUUUCCAAACCUCUGGUAGCUUCAUCCAUCUUUUCAAGGAAUUCCCAUUGGUAGACAAAAAAGAGCCUUCCCGUUGCC